AUGUCUGCCUCCCUUGCUCCAGAGUGCAAUGAGAUUAAAGAGAAGUACGACACAUGCUUCCUCAAAUGGUACAGUGAGAAGUACCUACGCGGCAAUACUCAGGAUGAAUGUGCCAAUCUGUUCAAAAAGUACAACUCUUGCCUGAUGAAAGCUCUCAAAGAGCGUGGCAUCGAUACGAUGCUCGAAGAGGCCAAAGAGGGGUCGAAAGAGAGCGAUGCCGAGUACCUCAAGAGGUAG